GCAAAUGCCAAAAAAAAAGUCCGUCUCCAAGGAAACACCCGUUUUCGACAUGUCAGAUCAUUCAUCGGAUAGCGAAGAAGAAUUGGUUGGCGAUCUCUUUGGGACCGAAGAAGAAACCGCACCUGAACCGGAACCUACUUUUGAAGUUUAUGCACGCAACCCUCUUUACAUAAAAGACGAUGACACACCGAAAGAGUUAAAGAUUCGUUUGGUGGGUUCGCAUCCUCUGUGGGCGCAUCAUUUGUGGAAUGCUUCCAAAGUGUUUGCUUCCAUGUUCGAUGAGCAUCCGUCGCUGUGUCGAGAUAAAACAGUUCUGGAACUGGGGGCUGGCGGUGCACUGCCUAGUCUUGUUGCUUCACUUUACGCUACCAAGGUGGUGGUCACGGAUUAUCCGGAUGACGAACUCAUUGAUAAUAUUCGCUACAAUAUCUCCAGCAAUCUCGGCGAUCGAUCCAAUAUCGUAGCGGAUGGUUACGUCUGGGGAACCGCCACCGACAAGCUGCGCGAGCAUUUGCCUCCGAAUCAUACCACGUACGACGUUAUUAUUCUGAGCGAUUUGGUUUUCAACCAUUCCCAGCAUCAUGCGUUACUGCGAACCUGCCGCGAACUGUUGACUCCCAAGACCGGACGGGUGUACGUUUUCUAUACACAUCAUCGACCUCAUCUUGCUCACAAGGAUUUGGAGUUCUUUGAGAUUGCGCAACGUCCAGUCCUAGAGAAUGUGGAUCCUGACGAUCGUGAAUUACUGGGCUAUGGUUUAAAAGCAGACCAUUUUGUAAAGAAAAAGAUGCAUGUCAUGUUCGAAGAGGAUCCAGGCGAUGAAGAAGUUCGUGCUACGGUGCAUGGAUGGCAAUUGUGGUUACCGUGAAAACGUUGAUCUUUGGUAUUCCUGCCAGUUAUCAUUAUGAUUAUUCAUCAUUCUUUUAAAAAAAGUAAAAGCAUUCUCCUAUUCAUAUAGACAAUAAACCUAUCUAAUUCAUACGAGCCGAUGUUCAAGUUAAAACAGUAACAGUAUUUCAUUGAUUUUGUCAAAAAUUUUCGGCAUAAAAAAUUUCUGAUGCGCCAAUUUUCCUCUUUUUUCUCUCCUG